GAGAGAAAGCAGUCACAUGCAGAGAGGAGCUGGGACGAGAGACAGCGCAGAAGAGAGCUGUCAAGCUGUAAGGAGGCAGCGGAGAGACGACUUUUGUUUUCUUUUUUUUCCCCUCGGAAUACAUUGUCUUCACAUCUCUUGACACCCACCGACACACACAGACACACACACACACACUCAAACGCACACACACAUUUCAAAGACGCAUACCCCACAGAUGGUGCUGCUGCACUGCUUGUUAGGAGUGCUAAAUUAUUUUCAGGAUUUGGACUCUCGCCCAGCACACUUGGACUGUUUGAAUUUAGCACCUUCGUGACUCACGUUCCUUUUGGAUUUAUUUGUGUAAUAUAUAUUUAUUCCUACAGUGCGCCACUUUGGACUACAUGUGCGCGCCGCAGCGUGUGCACCUGAACACAUCGCUGAGACACUCGGGCCACUUGUGAGCCGACUGGAAUUCGUCAGAUUUGGACUAUAUGCUCGGUGGGUGUUUGAAAAGGAGGAGGAGGAUGUGUGGGCCGCUAACGGUGGUGCUUCUAAUCCACCUCGGAGCCACCUUUACAGGGGCCUGGAAAGCAUCUCAGCCCAGACUGCAGUUCACACACACUGAACUGAUCCAGAAUGGCCGCUUGCUAACGCUUCCCCUGGCGGCGGGAGACCUGCACUCCCUUCUGCCCGAUAGAGACGGCAUGCGGCUGUAUGUGGCCAUGAAAGAUAACCUGCUGUCCACCAGCAUGGAUGACAUCACGCAGAACCCCCGCAAGUUGCAUUGGCCUGCCAGUCGGGACCGCAUCCAAGAAUGUCUCAUGGCUGGAAAGGAUCCAGAGACCGAGUGUGCGAACUUCCUGCGAGUGUUGCAACCUUUUAACCAGACUCACCUGUACGUGUGCGGUACUGGGGCCUUCAACCCCAGGUGUGCUUUCAUCGCCAUCAGCAUCUUCCAACAGUCAGGACACCAGACCCUCUCCUACAGCCAGACCGAGUGUGGGAAGGGGAAAUGUCCCUACGACCCCUUUCAGAAAACAGCAUCUGCAGUUGUGGAUGGAGAGCUGUAUGCCGGCAUUACCUCGGACUUCAUGAGCAGGGAUUCUGCCUUCUUCCGUAGUCUUGGCAACCGUCAUGUCAUCCGCACGGAGCAGUACGACCCCACCUGGAUGCAGGAUGCCCACUUUGUGCGGGUCGCGCCGCUGUCUGAAACAGAUAACCCAGAAGACGAUAAGGUCUACGUGUUCUUCAGCGAGCGUGCUCAAGAGGCCGAGGGCGCUGCCGGGAAGGUGCUGUACUCCAGAGUGGCCCGAGUCUGCAAGAAUGACAUUGGAGGACAGAGGAGUCUGGUGAACAAGUGGAGCACAUUUCAAAAGGCUCGGCUGGUGUGCUCGGUCCCAGGACCAGAUGGCCUGCAGACACACUUCGACCAACUACAGGACGUUUUCAUCCUGCAUGGCAAAGACAAGAAGAACCCGCUCAUCUACGGCCUGUUCACCACCUCCAGUGAUAUCCUCAACGGUUCGGCCGUGUGCGUUUACCGAAUGGAGGACGUGAUCCGGGCUUUCAAGGGCAACUUUUUGCACAAGGAGGGGCCUCAGUACAAGUGGGCGGAGUUUACUGGCAAAGUGCCCUACCCGCGUCCCGGAACUUGUCCCAGCAGCACAUAUGGAAGCUACAGCUCCACCAGGGAGUAUCCUGAUGAUGUCAUCUUCUUUAGCAGGACUCACCCGCUGCUCGAGGAAAAUGUGCUGCCCCUGGGAGAGCGCCCCCUCCUUGUCAGAGUGGGCGUUCACUACAAGUUCACCAAACUGCUGGUGGACCGAGUGGAAGCCGUGGACAGCACUUACGACGUCCUGUUUAUCGGCACGGACUCCGGCUUGGUGCUGAAGGCCAUUCAUCUGCCCCGAGAGCACGGAGAAAGUCAGGAGGUGACGCUGGAGCAGCUGGAGGUCUUUCAGCACAAAUCACCUGUGACAGCCAUGACGCUCUCAAAGAAAAAGCAGUGGCUGUUUGUGGGCUCCAGGGAGGGGGUGUCCCAGCUGGCCCUCUACCAGUGCGAGCUCUACGGCCAAGCCUGCGCCGAGUGCUGCCUGGCCAGGGACCCCUACUGCACUUGGGACGGACACGCCUGCAGCCCCUACAUGCCCACCGUGCGCAGGAGGAAUGCUCGUCAUCUCGGCGAGGACGAGGAUCCGUUAACUCAGUGUGUCCGACAAGGAGCCGGGCUGCAGGUGGAGGCGGAGCAUAGGGUGAUGACGGUUGCCGAGGGCAACAGCACCUACCUGGAGUGUCUUCCCCGAUCCAGGCACGCCGCUGUCACAUGGUACAAGCAGGCGGGAGAGAACAGUCCUGAGCUAAACCAGGUGCUGUCAGGCGAGCAGGUGGUGGUGAUCGAGCGCGGCGUCCUCAUCCGUCGAGCCGAGCUGUCCCACGGCGGCGUCUACCACUGCCAGGUGGAGGAGCACGGCUACCACUGGACCGCCGUCACCGUCCACCUGGCCGUGUGGAGCCCCUCGCCCGGCCGGCUCAUCGCCUCCUGGUCGGGCUCCUCCCAGCUGUGGCACGGCGACGCCAUGGCGCUGGUGCACCCCAGGAACCUGGGCCAGCACUGCCGCGCGCUCGGGUACCGCCCGCCCCGCAACCGCCGCCGCCACAGCGACAUGGCGGCGCAGGCCGACAUGGAGAAGGAGAGGCACAAGGGCAGGGUGGCGGGCAGGAAGAGCAGGAGUAAGGCUCAACAGAGGGCGCCGAGGAGCGCUUGAAUAGGCCACACACAUGCAUGUCCGCACACACACACACACACACACACACACACACACACACACACACUGUAAAUAGACAUCGGCAUGCACUUAAUGUCUUUUUCUUACAGUCGAGUGACAAGAACAUUUGUGUGGCAAAGCUCGACGAAGGACAAAGCGUUCGCCGCCCCGGAGGAUCGAUUGUUGUGAUUUUUGCAUGCCAACUCAAAAAGUGUCCACGCGCGCACCAGAGACGAUCGGCCUGGAAAGCACACGUGUCCGCAUGCUCCCGUGCAAAUCCUCGUAACGCGGCGCCGUCAUAGCCAAAUGUGCCGCUCACGUCCUUUCCUGCGAAGAUUUCAAAGGUUCCCUUUUCCUGUAAAAGUGACGAUUUGUAUCACCUUCUAAUGUUUUGGUGUUUAUGACAUUACUUGCCAACCCUCCCGCUGCGACCGGGAUGAGAACCAGCACCUCCAAGUCCGAGUCCACGCGUUCUCGCCCCGGAAAAGGGUGGAGUGCCAUCUCCGGGUUGGGAGAGAGACUCUGCCCCAAGUGGAGGAGUUCAAGUACCUCGGAGUCUUGUUCAAGAGUGAGGGAAGAGUGGAUCGUGAGGUAGACAUGCGGAUCGGUGCGGAGUCUUCAGUAUUCCGGACGCUGUAUCGAUCCGUUGUGGUGAAGAAGGAGCUGAGCCGGAAGGCAAAGCUCUCUAUUUACCGGUCGAUCUACAAACCCUGUUUCCAUAUGAGUUGGGAAAUUGUGUUAGAUGUAAAUAUAAACAGAAUACAAUGAUUUGCAAAUAAUUUUCAACCCAUAUUCAGUUGAAUAUGUUACAAAGACAAUAUAUUCAUUAACGUUAGAAUUUGAUGCCAGCAACAUGUGACAAUGAAGUUGGGAAAGGUGGCAAUAAAUACUGAUAAAGUUGAGGAAUGAUCACCAAACACUUAUUUGGAACAUCCCACAGGUGUGCAGGCUAAUUGGGAACAGGUGGGUGCCAUGAUUGGGUAUAAAAAACAGCUUCCCAAAAAAAUGCUCAGUCUUUCACAAGAAAGGAUGGGGCGAGGUACACCCCUUUGUUCACAACUGUGUGAGCAAAUAGUCAAACAGUUUAAGAACGUUUCUCAAAGUGCAAUUGUAAGAAAUUUAGGGAUUUCAACAUCUACGGUGCAUAAUAUCAUCAAAAUGUUCAGAGAAUCUGGAGAAAUCAUUCCACGUAGGCGGCAUGGCUGGAAACCAACAUUGAAUGACCGUGACCUUCCAUCCCUCAGACGGCACUGUAUCAAAAACCGACAUCAAUCUCUAAAGGAUAUCACCACAUGGGCUCAGGAACACUUCAGAAAACCACUGUCACUAAAUACAGUUGGUCGCUACAUCUGUAAGUGCAAGUUAAAGUUCCACUAUGCAAAGCGAAAGCCAUUUAUCAACAACAUCCAGAAAUGCCGCCGGCUUCUCUGGGCCCGAGAUCAUCUAAGAUGGACUGAUGCAAAGUGGAAAAAGUGUUCUGUGGUCUGACGUGUCCACAUUUCAAAUUGUUUUUGGAAAUUUUCGACAUCGUGUCAUCCGAACCAAAGGGGAAACGAACCAUCCAGACUGUUAUCGACGCAAAGUUCAAAAGCCAGCAUCUGUGAUGGUAUGGGGGUGCAUUAGUGCCCAAGGCAUGGGUAACUUACACAUCUGUGAAGGAACCAUUAAUGCUGAAAGGUACAUACAGGUUUUGGAACAACAUGUGCUACCAUCUAAGCGCCUUCUUUUUCAUGGACGCCCCUGCUUAUUUCAGCAAGACAAUGCCAAGCCACAUUCAGCACGUGUAACAACAGCGUGGCUUGGUAAAAAAAUGAAUGGGGGAACUUUCCUGGCCCGCCUGCACUCCAGACCUGUCUCCCAUCAAAAACGUGUGGCGCAUAAUGAAGCGUAAAAUACGACAGCAGAGACCCCGGACUGUUGAAUGACUGAAGCUCUACAUAAAACAAGAAUGGGAAAUAAUUCCACUUUCAAAGCUUCAACAAUUAGUUUCCUCAGUUCCCAAACGUUUAUUGAGUGUUGUUAAAAGAAAAGGUGAUGUAACACAGUGGUGAACAUGCCCUUUCCCAACUACUUUGGCACGUUUUGCAGCCAUGAAAUUCAAAGUUAAUUAUUAUUAUUUGCAAAAAAAAAUUAAGUUAAUGAGUUUGAGCAUCAAAUAUGUUGUCUUUGUAGUGCAUUCAACUGAAUAUGGGUUGAAAAAGAUUUGCAAAUCAUUGUAUUCCGUUUAUUUUUACAUCCAACACAAUUUCCCAACUCAUAUGGAAACGGGGUUUGUACAUCAACUAUAUGAUUUGCCUGAGAAGCUGAACAGUACACACACACAAAAAAAUAUAUAUAUAUAUAUAAAAAACAAUAAAAGUGCAGGCCUAAAAGCUAAUUAGCCUUCACCUCAAGGACAGCGAGCGAGCUGAGCUACCGUUUAUGUUUCUAGAACGGCAACGGACUCAAAGCGAUGUUACUAGUAGCUGACUGGGAGGUGUUUAUUAUAAUUUGGGGAGAGUGCUUGAUGCUUACCUAUGUGCUCAUCACGACGCUGGAGCACGGACUCCAUCUGCUCUGAAUACACACUGCUGAUUGGCUGUUACCCCUCUGAAUGCGGUAACAGCCCCCCCCCCAUCCCCCAAUCUCCCGAAUUCGGAGGUCUCAAGGUUGGCAAGUAUGGUUUAUGAGCACCAAAAAUCUCUCACUUUUUUAUUUUGUAUUUGCUCCACUUUUUACAGACGAGGCCCUCAAACAGGCUUCACCACACAUCUUAAACUAAAUCCCGCAGCUCCGCCAACUGUCAAGUCAGCGACUGUAAGUUUGAUGGUUUUCUUUUUCAGGCUUGUAUGCUAAUGUUGACACGUUGCUAUUUAAAUGUGAUGUAAUUGUACGCCGUAUUAAGACAUCAUUACAACAAGUGUAGUCGUUGCAAACACACGCACACACACACAGCUCGUUAGCAUUAAAGCCACAGACACACAAAAAAGGGCGUGUUUAAAGGAAAAGCACUUUUAAACGGGUUUAUUUGGACCAGCACAUUUUUUUUCUGUGGGACUUAAUAGUUGAAAGAAGAAAAAAAAGACGGUGAAAUGUUUGACAGAAUUGUGGACGUUUGAUUUGAGCCAGAAAGCCAAAUCAACAAUGACCUGCAAAGAGGAACAAGGGUCGUGUUUCUUUAAAAGGGACCGAAGUGCGAGAACCCGAGCAGGAAGCACUUCUGUCUCCCUGUUUUCUUUCUUUGUUUACUGGGGGAGUGAGUACGUUAUAAGCCAUGUGCACUUUUCUUUUCAAGAGGGACUUCCUUUUCCAGAAUGUGGACUUUGUACAGAAGGUGCAUGUUUCUCCAACUCCUUCACACACAACGGAAAAAAACAAAAACGUUCCAACGUUGGUGAAAAGUAAAUCGCCAGUCAUCCAUCCAGUGUACAUUUUGUAAAAAAAUAAAUAAAGCGGUCUUGUGAUGGAA